AUGGAUAUAUUUAGAGGGGGGAAGACAGAGGAGAAGCGAAGCGAAGUGAGCAGCUGCUCAGCAGCCAGAAGGAGCCAAAUGGAGCUCUCCCGGGAGGGAUUCGGCCAACUUGCAGUUCCCGCUACCAAAAGAAGUUCUGGCACUGUGGCAAUUUACUCUCUGUUUCCCUCUGCAGCCAUUCUGGAAUCUGGCAGCGACCUCUCUGAGGAAGACGGAGAGGAAGAUGCUCUUCUCCAGGAAGCAGACGAGACCAAGGAGAAACUGGCCGAAUUUGAACAGGCUUCGGAGGCCUUGCUGGCUGAGCUGAAUUCCUUGGAGGCUGAGUACGAAAUCGAGAAGCGGUGCCGGGAGCAGGCCGAAGCCUACGCAGCUCAGAUGAACAAGGAAAACAAGAAGCUGAAACGGAUCAGUGCAGUUCUGCUGCCGAUGCUGAGCCACCUCCCGGGAGAUUUUGCGAGCUUGGGCAGCGAGGACGAGAUCCCUGAUGAGCCAGCGCCGGAUCUGGUGUGCCAGUCCUUGCAGCAAAUCAAAGACCUUCAAGCAAGGGUUUCCCAGCUGCUGCGUGAGAAGAAGGAACUGGCUGCGCAAGUGAAGGAGCUCCAGGGUUGUGUCCAGCGCCUCCAGGUGCAGCUAGAAGAGGAGUCUUCCGAGAAGCAGAGCCUGCAGGCCUCCAUGGAACACCAUCAGCGGGCUUUGAAGAGGGUCCGACAAGCAUCCCGGCUGGUUACCCAGGAGUACGGCGAAGUAUCUCGGCAACUCGAUCUGGAGCAGGAGCUGAGGCAGCAAGCGGAGGAGUUUGCCCACCAGGUGAAGGGUCUGGAGGCCCAGCUGGCGGAGCGGCCACAGCCGGAAGAACUGCACAAGCUCCAGGCUGCCCUGGCCGUGGCUGCGGAAAAGCAGGUCUGCCUCGAAAGGCAACUGCUCCAAGCAAUGGAGAGGAACACAGCCCUGGGAGAAAGAGAUAUUUCUGAACUUGGUGGUGUCAACCCCAAGCCUGACCAAUCUGCCCCCCUUCACUUAGAGACGCUGAACCGCAGCACGGACGACUGCAAAGCGAAAGCUGUGGAGGAGAUGAUGGCCCGGAUCCGAAGCGGGGUGGUGCUGCGCUCAACCAGAGGGGGUCCAGAGGCCUCAGCCAAGGGAUCAUCUGCGGCAGCAGUUAGCAAGCGGAGAAGUGCCGUGAUGGAGCUCCAGGGCUUGCUGAGCACCAUGAAGAGGCCUGCCAGGCGGCCCAGCCGGCGUAAAGGCAGCCAGAAGCACAGAGACAACCAGCUGGAGGCCAUAUUGCAGAGACGCCGGCGGAUUGUGGACUGCCCGGGCCAGUCCCAGCCUCAGCAACAGCCUCCUGCCACUGAAGCCACAGGACACGGGACUCUUAUCCACACCGGAGGGGCCACGGCGGAUGUCCACUCCCUUCCAAAGAUGGAGUUCCUGGGGAUCCCGCCUCCUAGCACGCCACGACCCACAGAGACCAGCAACACCCCACCAGGUGACCCCUGCAAGCCUGCAACCCAGGCUCCACAGCACUUGGAGGAGAAGAGCCCCCCCAGCCCAGCCCGGAGCCAGCAGAGAGUUGCAGACCUCCAGACCAGGCGUCGGAUGCCUCCCUCCUCUGGGAGCGAACCCUGA